GAAGAGUCCCGUGUCUAGGGUUUAGUCACAUUUGAGACUACAACCGGUGCAUUCAAUGACGUUGGAAUUCGUUCGUGACUUCAAAAGUCAUAAAAUCGUUCCGGAUGUAAUUCCGGUUCCACCGAGUGCUCUACUUCAUAUAAGCUAUCCAGACGAGCAGAAAGUGAAUUUGGGAAACAUAUUAAUGCCCAAACAGGUCAAGGAUAUUCCUGAAGUUCAAUGGACAGUCGAGCCCAACACGUACUAUACGUUGUGCAUGACGGAUCCCGACGCGCCCAGUAGAAAUGCACCGAAAUUCCGCGAGUGGCAUCAUUGGUUGGUGGGUAACAUUCCUGGAACGGACUUGGAACGAGGCGAUGUUCUCUCGGAAUACAUAGGAGCGGCACCACCAAAGAAAACCGGACUCCACCGAUACGUAUUUUUGGUAUACCAACAAAGUGGCAAACUAAAUUUCAGUGAACCACGUCUUUCCAAUCGAAGCUCUCAAGGUCGUGGGAAGUUUUCGAUCCAGAAAUUCUCGGAAAAGUAUCAGCUUGGCGUUCCAGUGGCGGGUAAUUUUUUUCAAGCCCAAUUUGAUGAAUACGUACCGAAAUUGUACCGCCAAUUAGGGCAGUUUCAGAACGGUUUCUAGUUAAAUGAUUUUGAAAAUAGUC